UCUGAGUCUCUAGCAUAUUAAUUUCUAAUUUUGAUAUUUUGAGUUACAGAUACAGCACUUUGGAUGCGAGAAACCUCGUUUAUGAUGAACAUUUGGUCAACAACACGCAACAGGGAGAGAAGCCGAUCCACGAGUGCUGCUAGAUUGGUGAGGUGCUCUAGAUACAGCCAAGAAGGCUCCCGGUCAAUCCUGCAUAUUCAAGAUGUUCUGUGCAACUAGUACUUGCCAAACUGGCGUUCGGUCGGGAAGCCUCCGUGUUGAGAACCAGUCGCCCAGCAGCAAUGCCCACCGACAGGUGCUGCAUGCAGGCAUGAAGGAGCGCCAAACAACCUUGAAGGGAGUCGGCAAUAAGUCCAAAGUGCAAGUGAUGUUUGCAAGUCACGCCAAUGGGCAGAAUAGACGAGUCGGAAAUGCCCUACGGCGGCCAUGGCACCAGGAGGACGAACAGGACCGGGAGGAACCUGUGUUCGCCUUCGAUUGGCGAGGACGACAGAAGCUGGAGCGAUCGCAAGUGCGAGCACGCACUGGCCGACCAUGUACCGGUGCGCCACCGACCUUGAAACCACCGGGCAUGGGACGACCAAUUACGACGUUUGUCCGAGCCAAAGGACAUGGCUCCAAACUGGUGGUAAGCGGAGCUUUCAAGGUGGGGUCGCAUCGUCCCUACACAACCCCCGCAACGAUUCCAACUCAAGGCAGCCAGGACAGGAACCGACCAAAAGCUCACAAACGCAAGGACCCGCUGGAACGAGGAGAAUCCCAGAGAAGAUCCGGAACGAAGAGUAAGUCGAAGCCAUGGCGGCCUUACACCGGAGCACCUGGGGGGACUCACCCUGGUACACUCUACCUGGGGCGACCACAACCGGUGAUAAAGCCAACAGCAGAUGAGAAGGAAGAGGACGAUGAGAUUGAGUUCGGUAAAGGGCGAGGCUAUGAAAUGUCAAAGUCUGCUUCAAAACAUUUCAUGGACGUGGAUCCUACAAAGUUCUUCAAGGAAGAUGACGGCACAAAGGAUCUCCAUGAACAACUGAUUACAGUUCAAGAGGAUUAUAAGAACUGCCAUGCAGCGCUUGUUGCAGUCAAGGCCAGAGCAGAUCACCGUGAGAUUGAGCUUGAAGAGAAGAAGAAAGAGCACAAGGCCGAGAUAGCAAUGAUGAGGAAAUCAUUGGAGAAGAAGGACGAAGAAGUGGAACAGAAGGUGGAAAAGGCAGUUCUCGAGGUUGUUUCGCGUACAGAUAAGGAGAAAAAGGACAUAGCUGAUGAUUUCCAAGCCAAACUCGACUUGGAAAGAGUCUAUGCACAGCGGGAAGCUAUGAGAUUUCAGGAGGCGGUUGAGAACUUCAAGAAGUCCAUGCAAGCCCAGAAGGAAACGUUUGAGAGAAACCUCAGGAAGGCACUGGAAGAGAAAGAAAAUGCUCACUUCUACAGUAUGAGAGAGAAAGUUCUCGAAGCAGAGCAGAGAGCAGCUAAUGAGGCCGAAAAGAAGGCCGAAAGAUCCAUGGAGAGGAUUAAAGAAGAUCAUAUCAAGGCCAUGGAGGAUAUGAACAGCAAGCAUAUCGAGCAAAUGGAGACUCUUCAUGAGCUGUACGAUCAGAUCAGCAGCUUAUCCAAGGAAGUGCAGGAGAAGAAACGGAGACUGAUCGAAGAAGAAAAGACGCAGGAACUUCUGAAGGAAAGCUUGGCCGUGGCUCGCGCUCAAAUCCGGGAGCUAGAAAGGAGUAGAAAGGAGAUGGCCCGAGACGUCGAGAAAUACAAACUGGGAUGGCGAGAAGAGGUGGCCCGGAUCGAUAAAGACUAUGAAAAUCGCCUCGUCAUGGCCAAGGGAGAGAUAUAUGACAUGAGGACAAGGUUCUGUGUGAUUGCUGAUGGUAUUGCUAAUCUUCGAACCUACUUAUGGGGAAUGAAGAGUCCUAUGUGUCGAAACAUUCUAAGUCAUCUACGAAAAAUUGAGCCCUAUUCCACGUUUCACCUCACUCGAGGAAAGAAGCGCACUGAACUCAAAGAGCGACUCGCGCUUCCCGAGCAAAGCGUGAAACAGAUCGGUGCAAUGAAGGUUAAGGUGUGGCGGGAAGAUGACGAUCAGGGGGUCGAUGGCGGCCCUGGAACAGGGAAGCAGCGCGGUGGAACUAGCUCGCGCAGGUUGAAACUUACCAAACAUGGCCGACCGAGUGGACAACUAUACCGAUCAAAUAGUGCUCCCACGCUGAUGCGUAUACUGCCUUGCGGAGUGGGACUGGGUGGUUUGGGUGGUGAGCAGCCGGGAGGAAGAGUGUUCUUGAAUAACAUCCGUGAUCGCGUCAUGACAGGCCGGUACAUCCCUUGGUAACUUGAGAACAGUACCUGCAUGUCUAGUCCAUUAUGCAUUGGAAGUGUGUCUAGGGUGAUAGGGGUGGGUACUUGUCAUAGCUUCAGUCCGUGAUCUGCACGUACAUUGUACAUGCGUACCCAGCUAACCUCUGUGCGCGAGUGUGUGUGUGUGUGUGUGUGUGUGUGUGUGUGUGUGUGUGUGUGUGUUACAUGUACAUGUGCUGGUGUCACAGUUGAAUACCGAUAUUGUAAUACGACCACACAUGCUGGAGAGCUACAAGCUCUUUACGGACCAAACUGAUUUACAGGUUUUAUUGGGUGCCAUGCACCUGGAUACGGGUCACGCUCAGUUCAUGUAUGAUGUAAACGGAGAUCAGAAGGAACACCGCAUGUGCGUUGUUUUGUAGUUACACAGCAACGCCGCAGGCAUGGUGGAGUGGAAAUCUGCUCCAUUGUUCGUUCUCCAUCAUUCAGUGCUUGGGAUUUAAUGCACUGUUGGCAACACCUGACAACUGCCUCAAGCCCAAACACCAUCAGUAAUGAACACAAGCCAGAGUCAUUUGUAUUGCAAUCUUGUCUGGUGUUGAUCAAGACUCCGACCCUAUUCUAUGAUCCACGCAUCCCACAAUAAUCUACAUAAAACAUACGUGAAUAUUGGUGGCCCAAUGUCUUACUUGUUAGUGGUCAGUGCAAGAUGUAUUGCAUGCAUGCUCCCCGCCGUUGACAUGAACAGAAUGCAAAUACGUGUACGUGCAAUUAUGUAAUGUGAGCGAUGGAACAAAUAAUUGGCGUUGUGUUAUGCUUCGUACUAGUACAAGCACAACCGCAGCAUGGCGGUGAUUCUUCAUUGUACAAUCAUGUACAUAUAUGUAUAGUGACAUACUAUAUCACCAGCGCAGUGUUACUGUUUCCUUCGCCCACGUGUACUACUUGUAGAGGCAAUUUAUUGAAACACUGGGUAUUGCAACAAUGCUUCCAACCUCUUCAAGAUGUUGACACAUGAUAUGGCCAGCUUACAUCCCCGCACUGAUAUUGAGGUUGCUCGAAUCCAAAGCAUUCCCACUUUUUCCAUUGCAAGGCUAGGGCGAUAGCA